AUGAGCUUAUCAUUUUUCGUGUUUCAUCUGUAUUAUUUAGGUCUUAGUCGGGAAGAUUAUGAAAGACGUAUAUUUCUCAUAUUCAUGUUUCUGUCAUUGAUUCAUUUCGAAUGGCAUUUUGUGAAACUUGUCGAAAUAGUUGUUGGAGGAGCUUUGAUGACACUUGUGCUUGUUGGGUAUAAAACAAAGCUUUCCGCUUUUGUACUUGUCAUAUGGCUCUUCGGUUUAAAUCUCUACCUGAAUGCCUGGUGGAUAGUGCCAUCGGAUCGUUUUUAUCGUGAUUUCAUGAAAUACGACUUCUUUCAAACAAUGUCAGUUAUUGGUGGGCUGUUACUUUUGGUGGCCUAUGGUCCCGGUGGUGUUUCGGUUGAUGAUUACAAGAAACGAUGGUAGACGCACAAUCUUUUAAUUAUUAUUUAUAAGAAGCUUUCUGCCAAAAUAUGUGUUUUUUUUUUUUUUAUCAAAAUGGAUGUUUGGCAAAUGACCACC